AUGGCUACGACGAACGGACUCGACGCAUCAGGUACUGUAAAUGAGAUCAAUGGGUUAUCAAAUGAGUCUGUGAAAGAAACUGAUCCCAUUUCAAACUCCAAGGCAAAACCAGAAGAAAAUGAAAUUAAAGCUCGGGUAGAUGCCAUGUGGGAGCAAAUGAAUAAAGGCGUACCUAAUAAGACGCCCAAAAUUUUAUCAAACAAGCAUAGUUCGACUGUGAAUAAAAAAUCAAAGAAUUCAUCGAAGAAUUGGAUGGCGUAUCUGGGCGUGGCACCAAAGAAUAAAGGAUCUCUUGGACAACAUGUACUGCAGAAGGAACCUAGUGUCAUGCAGGAUAGCACCAGUGAUGAGGCCAAGAGACUUGCUGCUGCUGCUCUUUCAGCAGUUAAGGAUGCUGCAGCUGCUGCAGCAAGCAGGGGGAAAGUUGAGAUCUCUGAGGUUCGGGACUUUGCAGGUCAAGAAAUUGAAGUCAAGAAGCUUGUUGAUGCUGAUUCAAAGGAGGCUUCUGAAAAAGCUAAAGGUGCUGCACCUUCUGCUGUUGAUACUAUACUUGAACAAAUCAAGAAGAAACAAAAGCUAAGUGUGCUUGACAAGACGAAAAAGGAUUGGGGGGAGUUCAAGGACGAAAAUAAGGGGUUGGAGGAUGAGUUGGAUGCUUACAAGAAGAGCUCAAACCAAUAUUUGGAAAGGGUGUCCUUCUUGCAACGAACAGAUUACCGGGAGUUUGAACGGGAGAGAGAUGCUCGGUUGGCUCUGCAGGCCAGGAGGAGGCCAGAUAUGCGUGAGGAGCCAUGACAGCAUGAGACUUGAACUUCUCCCUCGUUGAUGGUUUGUACUCUUGCCUUGUAAAAAAUUGCGAAGAGAAAGAUGGUGGAGAGUUGCUAAUAAUUUUUAUGAAGGUCUUUGUUUUCAAAGAGGAAAGAAGAAGGCCUUCGAUAUUGUUGGUGCCUUGGUGGGGGGAUAUGUUGCGUUUGCAUAAGGUGCGUAGGUUUAUAAACCCUCAACAGGUAUUGGGAUUUCCUAUUAUAGGAUCUUUCCGAGGACAGAAUAAUAGGCUUUUAUUGAACAUCAGCAAUGUAUUUGUCCUCUUAUUCAAUUUUUAUUUGGUGGGAUUGUAGGUCCCCUACUGAGCAGGGUGACAAAAGGCAGGUUUUCUUA